UUCGGUAGCCAUUGAGGAGCUGCAGCCAUGGCUCUGCGCUACCCCAUGGCCGUGGUCCUCAACAAGGGCCAUAAGGUGACCAAGAACGUGAGCAAGCCGAGGCACAGCAGCCAGCGCGGGCGUCUCACCAAGCACACCAAAUUCGCGCAGCACUGAUCCUACAUGAUCCUAGAGGUCUUCGGCUUCGCCCCCUACGAGCGGCGCGCCAUAGAGCUGCUCAAAGUCUCCAAGGACAAGCGCGCCCUCAAGUUCAUCAAGAAAUGGGUGGGGACUCACUUCCCGGCCAAGAGGAAGCUAGAGGAGCAGAGCCAUGUGCUGGCAGCCAUGCAGAAGGCAGCGGCCAAGAAGGACUGAGAUCCCGACGGGCUGGGGCUACGCGGGGCACUGGGCAUGGAGACUAGCGGGCUGCCAUGUUCUGGAAACGCAUUUUUAACUCAUAAUUAAAUUACUUCUAUGUGCAAAA